AGGCGAGCGUGAACUUGUUUAAUAUCUGGCAAUGAAGUAGACAAUGACAAAAAUCAACAAAUGAACAAAUGUUGAAUUCCAAGACUAAAAUGUCCUGUUUCACCAUGCGCACUAUCGGGCGUGCAACUCGAUCACCCCGGGUGCUUAAAAAUGUUUUCACCUUCGCUGCUGGUGUCCUUUUGGUUUUGGUCACAAUCACCCCACUGACCUCCUCGAUCACACCGCCGCAUUCUGUACUCCCGGGACAACACAGCACCUCCCACGACCCGCAGUUAAACCAGGACAAGCACCAGGAGCAGCUUGGCUUCACGCAGGACCAAACAGACGAAAACGCCGUGGUGGACGCGGGUGGUGGACGAAACAGAAAUAGCGGUGGUGUUCCAAUCAUCCCGCUGGAUAGUACUACCAGGACGACGCACACGCAUCAAGCCGCAGGCGCCAGAACUACGACCGAACAACACGUACACCAGCACAGCAAGUGUUUGAGCGAUCCCACGAGCGCGAACUGCUUCGUGAAACAAACUGAGUUCGCAGAUGAGGAGGAAAGUUCCAGCUCCUUUUUAGCGGAUGGCGCGUCGAAUGCCAUUCCAGAAAAUAAUAAACCAGGGGCUGAACAACAAGAUAUUAUUGCCCCUGAUCCGAAGGGAAAGCCUUCCGCCAAAGCUGGACCAGAUGGCACGUUGUUCUUACGGGGAACAAGUAAGCAGCAGCGCAGCAGUCCUAACCACCGGCCGGCAAACUUCAACUGGCCGCAGGGCGACAGUGGACCACGCGCGGCCCCGAAUAAACACACACCCUCCACUGCCAAAGCGAAAGCGGGCGGCGCGUACUACAACAAUAUGGUCGUACAAAAGUCGGAGAUGAAAGAGGAAAGGAUCAUUAUCCCGACUCGGAUUAUCGGCGUGAACGAAAACGGCCGGUUUUCCAGUGAUGAUCUCCGCGAAGACGAGAACGAUGAUGACGAUGCGGAUAAUUUAUCUCACCACGACAGCGCCACUCCAAACGAUGAUGCGACGAAAAUGAAGGAGCAGGAGAAAUUGGAACACAAACAGCAGGAACUGAUGCGGAAGUGGGGGAAGUACCAGGUCACCACACUCGAGGACUGGCGCAACCGAACCGAGACCGACCCCUUCGCGUUCUGCGGGGUGUUUUUCCGCGUGAACGUGUCCUUUUCGGAGAUCCAGCGCGGGACGGACAUCUGCCCCGAGGCCUGCCCCUACCUACAGCAGGACGGGAUCUACCCCUGCUUGCUCAGCUGCGUGACCAGAAAAUGGUGCCGCUACGAAAUGUACCAGGAUAUCUACAACUACAAUUUGUCGUCGGCGGCGGAAGCGGAUGUGCUCGGCGAGCAUAAGAAUGUAGAUAAAAAGGGUCCACCGAGCACUAGUACUAGCACGAGCAGUAGGGCGGCGCCAACUACUUCUACUUCUUUUUCUUCUUUCGUACAAGAGAACAUUUUGCGGAGUUCAUCCUGGACUGGUAUUGGAAAAAUCACCGGGGGUGUUUGGAACAGGUUGUUCGGCCGCCAUGUUGAAGUUGAUGUAGAAGUUUCCCUUUCGAGUUCCGGUUCUCUACUCCAAACGGCGGAGUCGGAAGAUCAUUCCGCCGGCGCGAUGACAAGAAAACGCUCUGCCGCACCGGAUGAUGACUUCGAUCCCGACGCAGAUGACGAUGACAAUCCUCUUGGUGAUAUGGGGGGCGGGGAACAACGUGGAACAGCAGCAGCUGCACCCAGCGGAAGCACUGAGGAGAACGAUCAGCUUCAACCUCCUGAGUCGCUUCCAGGACCUCGUACUUCCUCGUUGUCCGACCACGCACCGGCGGGGGCAGCGGAACACCCCUGGAACAAAUUGAUGGCAAACGCGGACGAGGCGCACGAGAAUUUGCUGGGGCACGAGAUCAACAACAGGAUGGGCACGACGAGCACACGUCGGAGUCAGCGAAAGAACCGGGACGACGAUUUUUCCGAUCAUCAGGAGGAGCAGCUGCAGCAAGAGGAACGGGCUAAAACUCCAGCACUCAGUGGAAAAAAUCUCACGGAAGGUGGAACCGCAGCACAGAAAAAUCUCCCUGAUGAAGCAAUAACAACCACUACAGGUGGAGGAACGCCUCACAAAGAUAAUGGCACCAAGAAAAAGCCGAAAGAGGAAGUACGGGUACCGCGGCAAGGUAACAAGCAAGAAACCACCACCUCCAAGAAGACCCACUGGGCCGGGCCGCCGUCCAACCUGUUCGCGCGGCACCCGAACAGGCGCGCGUACAACUCGACGGAGCUGAAGUGCGACUCGUGCGAGGUGAAGGGGUGCGUGAAGUGCCAGAAAGAUCGGCACAGUUGCGAGGAAUGUUCCGAAGAUUUUCAGUUGAACUGGGGCGUCUGCUGGUACGCGUGGCACAAAAAUAUCGAGUACACGAUUUUCUUCUCGGGGUUGUUGGUCCUGGCGAUUGCGACCUUGAUUUUUUCCUACUGUCGCAAGCCCACGAACGAAAACUACGACAGACACUAUGCGCUCGCUCUGCAGCAUCGGGGCCGGUGCUUCCACCGGCCGCAGGGGUAUCCCAACGAGUACUACAGCUACUGCGGCACGGCCGUGCGGACGGAGGAGAUUGCGGGCGUGGGGUUCAACUUGUACUUCACCAACCUGGUCUGGCUUCUCCUGUACGCUGUAGGCGCCGCCCUGAUGCUGUACUUGUUUUUCGGCAGUGCGGACUUCUCGACCAUGUUCUCCCUGGGGAACAUGCUGGAGCUCUCGCUGUCGCCGCAGCGAAUGAAGGAUAUGUGCACGGUGCUGCCGGGCAGUCCGGAGUUCGCCGCUGCAGUAGGAGCGACGGGACGACCGGGAUCUGCGCCCCCCAUCGUCGCGCAAACGCUCGCGCCCGGAGGCAAUCCUCUACUGUUCUUUCCCACCUCCAGCACAUUGCCGCCCAGCUACCAAAAUAGUAAAGAGUCCCAUGAGCAGCAGCAGCAGACAGCCGCCCAACAUGGUGGAGCUCCCCCUGGUGUAGACGGCACCGCUGAAAACAAACCUCCCUCGAAGACGAGUUCAGAAAUUGUUUCCUCCGUUCUUCAGAAGUUCGCCGAACUGGUGUCUGUCCGUGUGAACGACGAAGUAGACGACAGCCUGGUCCCGGAGUUCUUCAAAGACACACUGCAGAUGAUCCACACCCACAAUUUCAGAGCGUGGCUCGGCGUUUGCAUCCUGUUUGUCUACACACUAGUCGCGAUUUUGCUGCUGGAAGUGUACCAGCGGGGCAAGGCCAUGAAGCACCAAGAGUCUCCGGAAAAUGUGACCAUGGACCGCUUCGCGAUCCGAAUGACCGUAUGCAUGGCAAAUAUGUCUGGGUCUGGAACAAUGCAGUUUGUGAUGCUACCUCUGGACUCUACAUAAAAAUCUGUAUUGCGCGAACAGCAAAAGAAGCGCAGUUUGUGCUACGCGGAGAGGGCAUUUCUCAUGCGGCAUGAGCAUCAGAAAGCCCCCGCAGAAUCUCUGAUGCUAGGGCAUUCAUCACAGACCUCACGGGUCACGCAAAAUCUGCAUGACAAACUCCUGCAUUCUCCCAGACCCAGACAUGUUUGCAUUUGAUAGACCGGAUUUACGCCGGAAAUCACGGACCCGAGUGAGAUCCAGAAGUGGCUGUAUGACCUGCUCAGAUGUUACAAUCUCAAACGUUGCAAUAGAAUCUGGAAUUUUCCUCGCAUGACGAACAUGACAGACUCGCAGAGCGUUCCACUUUCUGCAAUACAAAUUUCGGCAGAUGAUUCUAGCGCGGUUUGGGACUCGAGAACUUGUCAUGCGCAAUCCUGUGGGAGUAGGCUAGAUCAUGCACUCUUGCAUGACAGAUUUCCAUAUUCUAUUGUAAAACGUUUGAGAUAGUAACGUUUGAGCGGUUCAUAGGCUGCAAGAGGAUAUUUUGGAGUUUGAAGACCACUACGAGCACUUCCGCCACGAAGAAGCAGACAAUCUCAUGAACAGCCGAGCCACGGUGGCGAGCGCGCUGUCGACCGCUUCGAAGCAAAGCAAGGAUCCCCACAACGACCACCGGACCAAAAUUCUGUACUGUUCUAUCGCGUACGAUUUUUUCGCGGCCGAUUCACACGUCUUGUACGGGUCGGAUUACACCAAGACGCUGCUGGACCGCUUUGUGCUGAUCAAAGACAGCGAAUACGGCAGCUUCCCGCUGUCCGAGGCCUACGGGAAAAAGGGAAAGCCGCCGCGGUUCGAUCAGAACGGGGACUACAUCCCGGACGAAGACAGCGCCGACGACACGCCCUGGUGGCAACCGACCGGCAUGUACUCGCGCAUUACCGCACCUCUAUUGCGCCGGGACAGCAAACAUAAAACGCAACUGAACCGGGGACAACGGAGAAGAGGACCGGAGGGCGAAGGAACUCAUGGCUCGCCUCCCCAUCUUCACCCGGACAUGGUGAUCGAUAGAAAAGACCAAACGCGAGCGAGUACUAUCGACGACGAGAGGCAGACCCAGACCACCGGUGCUGCCAGGAUGAACAACAGUAGUUUGGGGACUUUCGCGAGUGAGGCCAGCUACGGAUCGAUCACCGCGAAAAUUGAGAUAAACGACCGACAGGGAAUAUCCUGGGUAAAAAAGUCUCGACACCAGAGUCAAGAUGGGAAGUCUGCUAGACAAAUCAGCCAGCUUUGGCUGUUUCGCAUGACAAGUUUAUUCUCCUCGUAGUGUGAUCCUGUUUAGGUAGUUCAGAAGCAUCACAGACCUAGCGCAUCAUGCUGAUUCUAGCAUCGCAAAUUUCACGACACGACUAGAAACGCUUCCCAUGGGGCUUCGCAUGAGAAACAUUUGAGCAUGCAGAUUUGCAUGACAGCUCUGGGGUGGGGACGUUUUUGCUCAGGAUAGGGAACGACCGCAGCCAGUGGUAAGCGCAGACCGCUACGAGGAACAAACUUGUUUACCAGUACGUACUAUCAAGUGCAAAUAUGUCUGGGUCUGGAAGAUCUGUCAUGCUACUCCGGCAUGACCCUGCACUCUGUAUUGCGUGGCCACAAACAGCUUCUCUCGCCUUUCAUGCAAAGCCGCAGUUUCUCAUGCGAAAUACGCAGCACAGAAGCGCGAAAAAACUUGUCGUGCUUGGCUGCGCAUUACAGUCCACUUAUUGUUCACUGACUUGCAUGACAAGUUUCGGUUUCCAGACCCAGACAUAUUUGCAAUGCAUACGUACGAGACGGAGGACUCCGAGGUUCCGCCCGAGCAACUGAUUUAUCUCUUCGCCGAUGAGAACGAACGCCACAACCCGCGCCACCCCGAGGUCUUCCAGGCGCGCGAGUUUGUGAAAAAGCUGGAAAAUUCGGGCACGGUGUUCGUGGUUUGCCACAGUGAAAAGGACCGGUGGAAACUGGUGCAGGCCAUGAUGCGGCACAGCCUGAAAUCUUCGACGGAGAAGGGCAAGAAAGCUUCAGGAGAACAAGUAGAAACCGGCGGGGGCCAUCCUUCUGGCCAGAUGAUCCCGCUCCGCUGGAACCGCUACGUCGGCGGCAAACUCGUGCAAAAGCUAAAAAUCCGGGCCCAUCCUGGGACGAACGCGGACUUGCCGCCGGUUGUGGGCUGGUUUGCCUACGGCGCCACGUGGAGAGGGUUCAUGGAGUCGUUCUUCGUCUGGGUUUAUGCAUUGCAAAUGAAAUAUGUCUGGGUCGGGAUCUGGAAGGAUGCAAGGUUUGUCAUGCCUGUCUGGCAUGAUUGAAGAGUUUGUAAUGCGUGUCUAAGAAGAGAGCCUUUUGCUUGUCAUGCAAGAAACGCAGUCUGUCAUGCGGAAAGCGCAACACGAAGCUGCGCAAAUAUUUCUCAUGCUUGGCUGUGCAUUACAGAGCACUCACUAUUCACAGCUGAGCAUUACAAGUUUCCAGACCCAGACAUAAGUACUUAUUUGCAUUCGAUACCGUUGCGAUUUUAACGGCGUCGAUUCUCGUGUACGUGUAUGGCGUAUUCAUGCCCUACAUCCACUACGUCACCGGGUACAUCAAGGUAAGUACUAUGAGCUCUUUGACAAUACCAAAAAUACAGAGCAUUUAUUUCGUUUGCUUGAGAAGAGCUGAUACUGAAGGCAGCAGUUCUGCUUCUGCUCCUGCUGCUGGAGUGUACUGAAAGGUUGUUUUCUGUUGACCCAAGGAUGAAUACACAGUGUACAAUUGAGAGUCACAUCGUGCCAGAAAAAUCUUUGAAGAUUUGAAUUGACAAAAAUUGCAAAAAAUCCUCAGGGCAUCGGCGCGGAGCCGGGCAUUUUUGAGGCGGGUAUUUCCCUGCAGACGCUGUCCACCUUCCCGGGGUACAUCAUGUCGGUGGCUUACUAUGCAUUGCAAAUAUGUUGUCUGGGUCUGGAAAGAUGUAACUUGUCAUGCUGCAUUUGCAUACUACAAAAAUUUGUAUUCCAUGGACAGCAAAACAAGGGUCCAGCUUUUGCCACGGCGAGAGGGCAUUUCUCAUGCGGUAUAGGCAUCAGGAAGCCCUCGCAAAAUCUGUGAUGCUAGGGCGUGCAUCACUGACAUCACGAGUCAUGCAAAAUGUGCCUGACAAACCUUGCAUCCUUCGAGACCCAGACACAUUUACACUCGAUACUUACGGGGGCAUGUUGAUCCUGGUCCAGGCCAUGUCCACGAUUAUUUCCCGCAUGAUGCGGUUCACGCGAGAAGGGAAACGGAUCGAGUUCGAGAUUUUUUUCAACGUUUUUGCGCUGGUUUUCACGGUGUUGCUCCAGUACUACUUUACGCUACCCGUUUCCGUUGUCGGCACGGAACUGACACCCACACCCUUAUCAAGUACAAAUAUGUCUGGGUCUGGAAAUUUGUGAUGCUAAAUUGCGCACGAUGAAAACACUUCCUCAUGCAGGAAAGCAUGACAAGUCUGCACAGCGCUUUGUCAUACGAACUCCGCAUCAGAAAUUGCGUUUUUGUAUAACCACGCGCGAGGCUGCCACUUUUGUUGGUCAUGCAACACAGAUUUCACAGGAAUGCAAGACCAGCAUUACAAGUUCCAACUUUCCAGACCCAGACAUAUUUGCAUUUGAUAACCCUGGCUGGUCGACCACAUGGCCCCGUUGAGCUUUCUGCACGAGUGGUGGCAGAUAUGAGAGUGCACAGCUCCCCCUCCCCCUCAUUUGUAUGGCAUGAGCAGCAAUACAAACGCUAGCGCGCAUGAAGUCUAUGCAUGACAAAUCUACUUAUGGUUCUAAUGUAGUGCUGUUUGCUGGGCUUCCGGACUUUGUCAUGCAAACAGUGCCAGCACAAGGCAGCGACUGGAUUCGGCAACUUGCAUGACAAAUGAGGGGGGGUGGAAUUAUGCACUGUCAUAGCAGAGUUACGACAUGGAAAUGGUCCGGUUGAUCUACGAAAUCACCUUCUCCCAGUUCGUGGUUCUCGCCGUGAUUCCUGUCGGCUCCUACGACUGCGUUUUCUACCUCGGCUAUCCUGAGUAAAAACGUACCCACACCAGAGUCAGGAUGGGGAUUUUGCAACACAAACCUAGGAGUUUUGUGAGUCACGCAUGACAAGUUGCGUUCUGCAGUGUAGUGCAGGUUAGCAAGUGCAGCCGCAUCACAGAUUCAUCUGCUCAUCCUGUUCACAGCAUCACAAAUUCCAAAACACGACUGGAGAUGGCUCUCAUAGGGAUGCGCAUUACAAGUCUUCCUGUCUUUGCAAAUCUGCAUUACAACUCUGGUGUGGGGACGUUUUUACUCAGGAUAUCGGCAGGUUCGUGACCCGCCUGUUCAGCACGAAAACCUGGUCGGUCCGCGACGUGGAGGCGUUCUUCGACUAUGACCGUGCACAACUCCCCCUCCCGCUCAUUUGGCAUGCAGAAGCCCAAAGCCAGUCGCUUCCUUGUGGCACUGUUUGCAUGACAAAUUUUGGAAGCCCGAACAGUACUGCACUAGACACACAAAUUUGUCAUUCAUAGACUCCACGCGUGGUGGUAUUUGUAUUGCUGUUCAUGCUAUACAAAUGAGGAGGAGGGGGAGUAAUGCACUGUUAUAUCGAGCCGACCGAGUGCAGCAUCCCGCAGGACUACGCACAGAACACGUUCUUCCUCGUUUGUGUCUUUCUCCAGCUGUUUAUGGCGGGCGCGAACUCGUACACGGUACUGAUCUUUAUCGCGAUGUAUGCUUUGUGGGAGCUCGUUUCCCAGCGCUACUGCUAUCUGCGGAUGGCGAUGCCCUUGCCCAUCGCUUCCUCCAGUGUGGACUCCGCGGCGCAGUUUAAUCUCGGCGUCUGGGUGUCCAUCAUCUUAGGCGCAGUGCUCGGGCGGUGGGCCCAGAAGCUGCGGCGGAACGGCCGGUCCCGGUUGUAUCCUGUGCAAAAGUAUCGUACUCGUAGCAAUCGCAGUCAUGCAUUACGAAUUUCUCUCUCAAGUCAAAUCCGCAUUACAAAUCGCAUUUCUCACCACGCCGAGGAAACUUGUCAUGCGAUUACUUAUACAUUAUAUUAAUGCGAAAAAAGAGGUAGACAGAGGGUCCCAGAGAGGUGGCCGAGAGGUAAAAAAGAGGUCGACAGAGGUAGAAAAGAGGUCGACAGAGGUGGAGAGGUGGCGCGGGACCCCGUUCGAGAGGGUCCGCGAGAGGGCGCGCGAAUAAGGCCCGCAGUAAGGGCCCACCCUUAGGCGCCGCCUAAGUGGCACAGAGGGUGCAGAGAGGUCAAAAAGAGGGGGCGCGAGAGGUCGACAGAGGUGGCGAGAGGUGGCGCGAAUAGGGGGCGACCUCUCGCGGACCCUCUUGGCCACCUCUCGGCCACCUCUGUCGACCUCUACCCGCGAGUAUAGCCGGACUAUUAGCGGGGACCCCCAAAAGAGGUCAAAAAGAGGGUCUGCGAGAGGUCUGCGAGAGGGUAAAACACAAAGAAGCGGGCGCGAAUCCGCAUGGCACUGCCCAUAUUUGGCACUGCAGGCCAUUCCUUCGCGGAGCUGUUUUGUUCGGCGCCUUUCCGCGCCAUCCUCUCGCGCACCCUCUCGCGCCACCCUCUUGCGCCACCCUCUCGCGCACCCUCUCGCGCCACCCUCUCGCGCUACCCUCUCCCGCCGGGCGGCUUCUGUUCGCCCCCGGUGUUCUUUGCAGCUGCUCCCUGCGCAGAGCGCCCACAGGCGCGGGAAGCGCGCAAGUGGUCCUGCGGGUUGGCGAGGCGCAAUAUGUUUCGUUGUGCAUAGGCCCGCGGGGUUGUGGUCCGAUCGGCAAACAGUCUUGCCCCGGCCCAACAGCCUUGCGCUCCGGCGGCAGCCGGAGCAUGGCUAGUUAUAUACUAGUGCGAUGCUUUUGCAUUUCAUAGGUUGUGCUACGACGCCAAAAUUGAUACCGAGCACGGGAGCAGGGACAACAGCUACUGCAACGACGCGGGAAACGCGUUCUGGGACCAGGUGUGGCUGUAUGUUGCCGGGUCGGCUCUGUGCGUGGCGUUGUUUGUGUUCUCGUGGACUUAUUUGCAGCAAAAAAUUCUCCGCAACUGGGGUCAACGGAAGUUGGUGGAAAAAAUCUCGGCCGAGAUUAUGGAGGAGCAACUCGACAUUGAUUCUGGGGAAGAUGAAACGAUAACUACGAACAACAAGAACACCUUUAUUUCUCGUCGGCAGACGGCGAGUACUAGAAAUAAAGCUUCUUCAUCUCCCAGCAACGUAACGGUGUUGAAACUUCAAAAGAACCUCACGGCAAUAUCCUGUGUAAAAACGUCCCCACCCCAUAGUCAAGAUGGGGAUCUCGCAACACAAAUCGAAAAGUUUUGGGAGUCAAGCAUGACAAGUUCGUCUCCGUAUCGUAGUGCAGUUUAGCAAGUACAGCCGCAACACAAAUACAUCUACUCAUCCUGUUUACAGUAUUACAAAGUCCAAAACGCCAUUGGAAAUGACUCUCAUGGAGAUACGCAUAUACAAAUCUUCCUGUAACUGCAAAUCUGCAUGACAAGUAUGGGGUGGGGACGUUUUUACUUGGGAUAGGCGAAAAAAAGUAGUAAAGAAAAUACGGUUAGCACACCAUUCCCAUUGCCGUCGCCGGGCCGAGCUAGUGCGGAGGGCGAGGCGGGUCCAUUUUUCGGAAUGGUGGAAAGUGGCUACGACCCACGAGAGUCGGAAAACAACGAGGUGGAAGAUGUGCAAGAGAUCAAUGAACAGCGAGCUGCAGGGGACGACCCCUCGGCCUCCAGUGCAGGUAGCAGGAUCAUAAGAGACAAGAAUGUCACUAAGCCUCACACUCGGCAUUCCUGGAUUCCAGAGUACUUGCUCGACGGCGAUGAAACAGAUGUUGAAGUGAUCGACGACAACGAUGAAGCGACCGAUUUUGAGAACAACAGCGACGGGGGGAGAAACGAAGAUUCGAAACAGACCAAUCGGAAAAUGAUAAACAGCAAGAAACGCCCGAUAAUCGGCACAGCAGAAGGAUCCUCAUCCUCUCCUUCACGGGUGGACCAAAGCGCUAGCAAUGCCAUCACUUCCACGCUUGCCAAGGUGAAAAACUUCACCCAUACCACCAUUUUUGCGGGACGAGGGCCCAACAAAAAUCUUCCGCACGGAAAGAGACAUCGCGCUACGCACAACGAUGUUGAGCGACACGUGUCCUACAACUACCUGAACGCCAAUCCGGGACACUGCUUGAAAGCCUGGUUUGGCUUGCUGGAGGAGGAAUUGCAAUUUUGCGACAACCGGAACACGGAGUUUUACAAGUCCCACAUUUCCUUCAAGCGCUACAGUGACGUUCCCUGUUACUUCCAGCGCGGCAAGGAGUACCUGUUUGACCAGUACCAUCAACGGGGGUACAUGCAGUCGCGCAAGUACCACAUCGGUCAGGAGCACGAGGAUUUCUGUCCGUGUUACCCCUGCAGGCGGAAGGAAGACAUGAUAACCACGGGGCGAGAGGCGGUGGCCAUCGGGGGGUAUUUCAACGAUCAGCGGGUGGUCGUGGGGAAUGUGGUCGAAGCCGGAGAAGACAACGAAAACGAUCUCGCGAGGAGAAACAACAUCGUCGAUAAUGCGGGAUUGCUGGGAGCGCAGACGUAUGACGAGGCAAUCGACGACUUGGAGCGAAUGAGUAUUUCCUCCGGAGGGGGCGAAAACAGUGACGCUAUGGAUUUGAAACUUGCCGAAUUGAACGAGAAGCGCACGACUUCGCGGUUGUCGUCUCUGGCGAAGGCUGGUGGAAGUGGUUCCCCGCCGAGCGGCGGGGCGCUUGUGGACUGGUUCACAAAGACCCUUGGAGCUGCCGGUUUAUCUUCUGCAAGCUCAAGUAGACCACCGCCCAAAGGGAGGCAGGGGAGAGGGACGCGACUAUUUGCGACGCGUGGAACUGAGGCGCCAGCCGCGCCAGCAGGUGGAGGUGCAACGACGGGAGGUAACACUGACAGGAGCAAUGACGAGGACCCGCCGAAUACUUCUUCUAGUAGUGCUGCUGCUAAAGCAAAAGCGAAAGCUCCCUCUCUUGCUGCCGGGAAGGAAAAAGUUCUUGACGGCGCUACUUCGGAUUCCGCAGCGAAGUUGUCUGCACAGGCCAGAGCAGCGGACUUUUAUCGAGCUGCUUCAUCUCAGCAACGGAAAGAAAAGGGAGGGGAAAUAAAGGUAAAGAAAACUUCAUCACCAGCAGCGGCAAACCAAAAAGAGAAACUUCUGACGAAGAAUAAAGUCGUGCCAGGUGUUGAAGCUGAUGCAGCGCUCGCAAGAGCCGACGAAGAGGAGCAAGAUCCUGACCAAGUAUCAAAUGUAAAAAUGUCUGGGUCUGGAAACUUGUGAUGCUGGGUGGCGUCUCAUGAUGAGGCGACAAAUGCUGGCUCAGCAUCACAAGUUUCUGCGCGUCCCGGUGUUGCCUAUUCUGCAUGACAAACUGCGUUUCUGCAUCACAGAAAAAUGGAGCUCUUGGGUAACGUGCAUGACAAAUUUAAGAGUCAUGCCAGACAAGCAUGACAAACAUGCAUUCUCCCAGACCCAGACAUUUUCACAUUUGAUACCAAGGCAGUAGCGGUGAUCGUCUGCACCAGACUCCGCAAGCGCAGGGCAAUGCUACAGGUGCGAAGAGCGAAAAGAACACUUCUAGCAGCAAAAACUCGACGUCCGGUAAAAAAAAUGAAAAUACUAGCAGCAGUUCCUACCUCUACUACCAGCGGACUGCGACAGUGUCCUCUGUCUCUGCGAUGACGACGCCACGACCACCUUUCUCAACCAGCACCACACCGCGACAGACUGCAGAUGGGGGCGUUCUUUCAACCAGCGAUACACCACGAACCAAGAACAUGAUGACUGCAGAGGAAACGAAUCAUGUUUCACCUGCACCAGAACAAGAGAUUCCGCACGAGCAGGAAGGUUCAUCUCUAGUACAAGCAUCCCCAAUUACAUCCGAGAGAAGUACUACAAAUAAACCGCGACAAGAUCACCGGCCCUUGCCUAUCGACCUGGUGAAUCACGGAGUUUUGAAGUCGGAAAAGAACAACGUCGGUAGGAAAAAUUUCCCCGGAGUGGAAGUGCCACUGCCACCAAAAGCAGCUCCAGGAGGUCGAGCUGCGCCGAACAGGAGCAAUGUGCAGCAGCAGCAACAGCAGCAGCAGCAAGGGACCACGACUCACCUUCACGAGGACCACCACGAGCAGCUUUUGCACUCGGAAUCUUCUGGAAACGAAGCCACGAGGGAGAAGAUUAUUCACCUGGACCAUCACCUGAAUAGCGACCCGGAAGAGCAGGAGGUCCAUCUGGACAGUCAUAUCGAUAGCGACGAGCAUGGUCACUUGCGCGUUCUUCGUCGUGCUGCAACGAACAAAAACCGCGAGGAUCACCCGGAAGUCGUGCACUUGGAUCAGCACAUCGACAGUGACGAACACCAGUAUCUCCGCGUUGGAGGCGGUGAUGUCGGUGUGAAGAAAAGUAACUCGAAGGGCGUGGCUUUGGCUAAGCCUAAGACUUCGCCUCCUUCGCCGUCAUCGAGUCGUCCCAACAACAAGGUUGGUGGUAACAAAGAACUGGCUGGCAGAUUGCAGGGGUUCGCGGCCGCAAGUAGUACAGCCGCAGGCAGUUCUGCUAAAAACAGGAACAGGAACGAGGCCGCAACUGCUGCGUCAGUAGGUGCACAAGGAGUUUUGACAGAACCCCCACUUCUAGGGGCUGGUGGCGGUGGCAACUACAGUAAGGCCAGCGCACCCGCUGCAGAACAGGGGCCAAGAAGCGCGGCGUUUGGCCAAGAAGGGUCGCAAGGCUCGAGCGUGGAAACGCUGGAAGAGUGAAAAUAGAGCUGCAAGAACUUUGUAGUUUCCAAGAACUGCUGGCAACACUCGUCUAUUGAACUUGUUUCAAAAUCAAACACACUAUGCUUGUGUUUCUUGUUUUUCCACUUGCUAUGGAACUGUAGGAUUGACAUCCAUUCUCAAGAACAACUCAACAAAAUGAAAGAUAAAGAUGACCGCUGCCGCGAACAGAUGUAGAAGUUGCGGGUACUGUAGAAUCGUUCUAGUACUCGUGUACGAGGACCACGGAGUAGCAUCGUCG